CCUCCCUCCCUCCUUGCUUGGGGCCGCGGCGGCGGCGGCGGCUCCUCCUCCUCGUGGCGGGGCGAGGGAACGUGGCAGCCGGCGGAGGCGGCCCCGGGGCCGAGAACCGCCCCUCCAUUUUGCACCGGGCGCCGAGCGGGAGGCUGAGGACAAAUUUUGAAGCACAAUGGAAGGUGUCAUUCUGUGAACAGGGAAACCAGCAGGAGGGCAGGAUUGUGUUGCUGAAAAAAACAUGAUGGAAGAGAGCGGGAUAGAGACAACGCCCCCCACGACCCCCCCACCCACCACAACCUGGGCUGCUUCUUCUCCUGCACCCCCAGUCUCACAAGCAGCCCCUCUCCCUGUCCCAAAAGACCCCCCUACGUCCUCUUUUCCUUCUUCCGUCUUCUCCCCCGCCGUACCCCCUCUGGUCUCCUCCCUUCCUUCUGCACCCCCCGCUUCCUUUUUGCCUCCUGCAGCCAUUUGCACAAGCCCCCCUCCUGGGACCUCCAGCCUGCCCUCCGUCGCCGCUCCGAUGACCUCCGCUUUUGGUAACCCCGCGACUCAGUUUCCCGCCGUUUCGCCUCCGCCGAGCUGUGCCCCCGGGCCCCCGGGGUUUUCCGUGCCUCCCACUGGGCCUCCGAUCUCGGGCUUUUCCAUGACUUCCAGUUACGACAUCACUAAAGGCCACGCGGGACGAGCACCCCAGACCCCUCUGAUGCCCUCCUACACAGCUUUGCCCGUCACAGGUGCCUUGGCAAGCCCUUUGUCGCAGCCGGUCCCUAUGGCUGCCUCCACCUUACCAAGCGGCUCUUCCAUCACUUUUCCAGAGGAUCAUGGAGACCCCCAGAGCAUUGGGGUGCACAACGAAGCAUCUGCGGGAGGACUGUGGGGCUUUAUAAAAGGUGUAGCUGGCAAUCCUGUGGUCAAGUCGGUGCUGGAUAAGACCAAACACUCAGUGGAGACCAUGAUCACAACGCUGGAUCCUGGCAUGGCCCCGUAUAUCAAAUCUGGAGGAGAGUUGGACAUCGUGGUCACCUCCCUGAAAGAGAUCAAGGUCGCUGCAGUGAGACAAGCUUUCCAGGAUGUGUUUGGUAUGGCUACCGUAACGGGGGAAGACGGCCACUCCAACAUAGCCCCCCAGCCUGUUGGCUACGCAGCUGGAUUGAAAGGGGCCCAAGAGAGGCUGGACGGUUUACGCAGGACCGGGGUCAUCCACCAGAAGCAACCAGGCGUGUCCGUGGAGAGCUUUAUUGCAGAAUUGCUCCCUGACAAAUGGUUUGAUAUUGGCUGCCUGAUCCUGGAGGAUCCAGUCCACGGGAUUCACUUGGAAAGCUUUACUCAAGCCACACCGAUACCUGUGGAAUACAUACAACAGGCGCAGAGUUUGACCCCCGCGGACUACAACCUCCGAUGGUCGGGCUUGUUGGUGACGGUGGGCGAGGUGAUUGCCAGGAACUUGCCGCACGUCAACUCCACCGACUGGCACGCGGCGUUCACGGGCAUGUCGCGCCAACAGAUGAUCUACAGUGCAGCCAAAGCCAUCGCAGGGAUGUACAAGCAGCGUUUACCGCAAAGGACCGUUUGAACAGAAAAUCGAAAAUACCCCAAGCCCGAAAAAAAAAACCCCCACGGAACCAACAUUUUUAUUGCAGGGUUUGGGGAGGUGGUGGAAAAAACAGUUAUUUACUCAUCCUUUCUCACCCUGGUGCUACCCCAUAGUACGUUGGGCUGGAACUUCUGGGUUUGCAGGCCAGCAUUUUUGAAAAGGCACCAGGUUGGAGAAAGGUUGCAUUGAUUAAAUGCAUUGAGAGAGGUGCACACAUUUCAAUUUAAAAGAAGUAAAGCUGCUGAUAUAUAUUAGUUUUUAAUUAGGGGCUGGAGAAAAGUUGCAUUUGGAAUCAUUGGAAAUCCAAAGUCUGAAAAUUCCCAUUUCUUGGCGUUUUGAUGUUUAAGGAUGGACGACCGUCGGGGUAAAUAUUUGGCCUCGUGAAAUAACCCCUUUUUAAAUUUUGUACCCGUCUGUCUUCAUCCUUAGAGGGGUUAAAAUAGAGGCUGAGGCAACCCAAAUGGGAUUUUUUAAAACAAAGAAGAGAGGAAAAUUCCAGAUUUGUCUAUACCUUGCAAAAGUUAACUCAGAUCCAGUGGACAAUUCUUGGAUCUUCCCCCCCAAAAAUUAAAAAAAUAGGGCAUUAUGGAAUAGUUGUAAUUCAGGGUUCUUUUUCUAUUUUUAGUUUUGUUUUUGUUUUUUUAAAAAAGGUGAGUUUUAUAUGAGACCCCCCCCCCCCCCCCGUUUAAAUCGUUCCAUUUUACGCGAAGGCGUAAAAUGCCUUUGAAACUGAUCAGUUCAGACCUACGGUUCCUAUCGUGGAACUUAAAACGCUGGUUUCAAAAAAACAAUUGAACUGUUCGGUUGAAUUUGAUCCAGAGAUUUUUUUGUUGUUUUUAAACAUUUCAGCAUUUUCUUCCAACACAUCUAUUCGGGGAAUUGUCUUCCGGUUAGAUUUCAGAAUCAAAAUUUACGUAGCCGUCUUAUCGGGGGUUUAGUAAGACAUUAUUGUCCCUUCAAGGAAACCUUUUCCCCGUUGUGUCUCGAGCCAUAUUGCAUUAUAGAAGGACGAUGUAUGGCCACCGUUUAACACAAGCGGAUAAAUUGCAUUUUGUGGGCAGUUAAAUGUAAUCGCUACUUUCCAAAAAGCAGAUUCUUAAUCCCUUUUCUGUCUCUGUUCUCUCUAUCCCAUGUUCUGUACUUGAGAUGCUCUCAAUUCAUAUUUAUAAACUGCUGAGGAAGAGGAUAUUUUGAUAACGUUUAGUACAAGCUUCUCAAAAUUUAUAUUGCUUAAAUCUCUCUCUUUUUUCUAGAGGCUUUCAAAAUACAAUUUUAUAUAGAAUAACCUGGUUAGCCAGUUUCUUAAUAUUUUCCCAAGAAUGUUAACUUUGUUUUGAUGUAAAUCUGAAUUAAAUCAAUACUGCUCCA